GCUGUCUCCGCCUCAAUUCCUAAUAAUUUCCUCUGCCUUAAUGCACAUUCUCUAGAAUUGGCAAUAGCUAUCCUAGUUAGCUACCUCUUCUAUAAUUUCAAUAUAUCUAGUUAUAUACAUAUAUUUCCAUGUUAUAUAUUACUCUUCUAAGACCUAGCUAGUUCCAAUAUAUUCCUUCAGUGCAUGCUUCUGUUUCUGAAUAUAUCUCUUGGCCAAGAGUAUACAUACAUAUAUGUAUCAAUAUAUAUGUGAGAGUACUGUUGUUAUAUAUAGAGAGAGAAGAUUGGGAUUCUUGGCCAUGGAUUAAUAGAUUGAGCGACUUAUCCACCGCGAUGGCGAUGUGUCAUAGCAAGAUAGAUCAUCCAUCCAUCUUGCUAUCUUGUUAUUUAUAUGUUUAUUUUCUUUGCUUUGUUUGAAAUUCGGUUUCGUGACCUUUUUGAUAAUGUAUUGUCGAAAAUGGUAAGUACAUCCUGCUCAGGAAAUUAAAACACAAAAAAAAAAAAAAAAAAAAAAAGGUGAAGAAGAAGAAUCAUUGAAGGAAGGAUAGUUGAAGCAUGGUUUGGAAAGAAGAUAUGGUCCAUUUGAUGCUAAGGAGUUCCAAAGAGGAUCUCCAAAUGUGGACUACAUGGCUGCAACAAAAGCUACCCUGCUUAAGGGAGUAUAUUAGCAUAGCUGUGCAACUCCUUUUUGUAGUAAUAAUCUUACUUCAUUUUCUACGAAUGAGUCCUCAUUGGAUACGCAAUCGGAUAACAAAGUUAGCAGAUGAAGGCAUGGAAAAAUACCCCAGAAAUGGCGUGAGAUUCAGCACCAGUUACAUAUGCUGUGUAGUUUGUUCUCUUUCGUUGAUGGUGAUUCAUGGUAUAAAGCUUAUGAUAUUGGUAAAUGGAAGCGAGACAAAUUGUAACAGUGCAUUUGAAAUUUAUUCAUCAGAGACAAUGCUAAUGGUAUCUUGGGCAGCAUCCUCAGUAGCACUCUACAGGAUUGUGAAUAACAAGUCCAUCAAGUUUCCUUGGCUGCUUCGAGCAUGGUGGCUUUGCAGCUUCAUAAUGACCAUCUUUUGUGUGGCUCUUGAUACCCAUUUGAGAAUUAGAAAUCAUGGAAACCUUAGAGUGCAAGACUAUGUUGGAUUCCUCGGUCUCAUUCCAUCCACUUUCCUAUUUGGUCAUUCGAUUCGAGGAAAAACAGGCAUAGUUUUCCCUGUCUUGAAUGGUAUCGCUGAACCACUUCUUCAUGAAACUGAUAACAAGCAUCUAGAAAACAAAAGGGAAUCUCUAUAUGGAAAAUCUACUCUUCUCCAACUGGUUACAUUCUCUUGGCUCAAUCCCUUGUUUGCUGUUGGAAUCAAGAAACCCCUUGAUCAGGAUGAAAUCCCAGAUGUUUAUAUCACAGACUCUGCUGCAUUUCUCUCUCACUCCUUUGAUGAGUACCUCAAACACGUGAAGGAGACUGAUGGAGCCCCGAAUCCAUCCAUCUACAAAACAAUGUACUUAUUUGCUAGGAAAAAAGCAGCUAUUAAUGCAUGCUUCGCUGUCAUUUAUGCUGGAGCUUCAUAUGUAGGUCCAUAUCUGAUUGAUGACUUUGUAAAUUUUCUCUCUAACAAGAAUACUCGAAGUUUACAGAGCGGUUACCUUCUUGCAUUAGCCUUUUUAGGUGCCAAAAUGGUUGAGACAAUAGCACAAAGGCAAUGGAUUUUUGGGGCUCGCCAACUUGGCCUUCACCUAAGAGCUGCUUUGAUAUCACAGAUAUAUAAAAAGGGAUUAGUUCUAUCAAGCCAAUCUCGCCAAAGCCGCACAAGUGGGGAGAUCAUCAACUAUAUGAGUGUAGAUAUUCAGAGAAUCACAGAUUUCAUAUGGUACCUGAACAUAAUAUGGAUGUUGCCUAUUCAAAUUUCAUUAGCAAUUUACAUUCUCAACAGGAAUCUAAGUUCUGGGUCUUUGGCUGCAUUAGGUGCAACUUCAAUGGUGAUGGCCUGCAACAUACCAAUUACUAGAAUCCAAAAAAAGUACCAAUCUAUGAUUAUGGAAGCCAAGGAUAAAAGGAUGAAAGCCACUUCAGAAGCUCUUCGGAGCAUGAAAACUAUCAAACUUCAAGCAUGGGACAGCCAGUUUCUUCACAAUCUAGAAGCCAUGAGGAAAACAGAAUAUAACUGGUUGUGGAAGUCACUAAGAUUGUCAGCCAUUUCAGCUUUCGUAUUCUGGGGGGCACCAACAUUUAUCUCUGUGGUGACUUUUGGUGGAUGUCUUCUGAUGAAGAUUGAACUCACAGCUGGGAGAGUUUUAUCAGCUUUGGCUACCUUCCGAAUGUUACAAGAGCCUAUAUUUAACUUGCCCGAUUUGCUUAAUGCGACUGCACAGGCGAAAGUUUCAGCAGAUAGGGUAUCUUCCUACCUCCAAGAAGAUGAAAUUCAACAAAAUGCCAUCGAAUAUGUUCCAAAAGAUCAAACAGAGCUAGAUAUCGAGAUUGAAAAUGGAAAAUUCAGCUGGGAUCCUGAGUUGAGAAUCCCAACUCUAGAUAACAUAAACUUACAAGUGAAGAGGGGCAUGAAAGUGGCUAUUUGUGGGACUGUAGGUUCUGGGAAGUCUAGCUUGCUCUCAAGCAUUCUGGGAGAAAUACAAAAGAUUUCAGGAACAGUCAAGAUUAGUGGUACAAAGGCAUAUGUUCCUCAGUCCCCAUGGAUAUUGACAGGAAACAUCCGGGAGAAUAUUCUAUUCGGUAGUCAGUAUGAUAGUGUCAAGUAUGAAAGAACAAUUAAAGCAUGUGCUCUGGUGAAGGAUUUUGAGCUGUUCUCCGAUGGAGAUCUAACAGAAAUUGGCGAGAGAGGAAUAAAUAUGAGCGGAGGUCAAAAGCAAAGGAUACAGUUUGCACGUGCAGCUUACCAGGAUGCUGAUAUCUAUCUACUUGAUGACCCUUUUAGUGCUGUUGAUGCUCAUACAGGCACCCACCUCUUUAAGGACUGCCUGAUGGGUAUUCUCAGAGAAAAGACAAUACUUUUUGUUACCCAUCAAGUUGAAUUUCUUCCAGCCGCAGACCUCAUUCUAGUGAUGCAGAAGGGCAAAAUCAUACAAGCUGGGAGAUUUGAGGAGCUUCUGGAACAAAAUAUAGGAUUUGAAGUCUUGGUUGGUGCUCAUAGCCAAGCACUGGAGUCAAUCCUCAUAGUUGAAAAUACAGAAAGAACAUCUAAAGACUCAAUGAUCGAUGAUGAAUCCAACAUAGAUGCCCCUUCAAAUGAUGAACUUCUACAUACACGACAUGAGUCAGAGCAUAAUAUCUCCCUUGAUAAAGGAGAAAAAGCAGGAAAAUUAGUCCAAGAUGAAGAACGUGAAAAAGGAAGUAUUGGAAAAGAAGUUUACUGGUCUUAUUUGACCGCUGUAAAAGGUGGAGCCUUAGUUCCAUUCAUUCUUUUGGCACAAUCAUCAUUCCAAGUACUGCAGGUUGCUAGUAACUAUUGGAUGGCAUGGUCUUGUCCUCCUACAAGUGAGUCCAAGCCUAAACUGGGAAUGAGAAACAUAUUAUUUGUUUACACAUUACUUUCUGUUGCAAGUUCUCUCUGUGUUUUGUUGCGAGCCAUACUAGUAGCUAAGGCAGGACUUUGGACUGCCCAAAAACUCUUUAUAAACAUGCUGCACAGUGUACUUCGAGCACCCAUGGCCUUUUUUGAUUCAACUCCAACUGGAAGAAUCUUAAACCGGGCAUCUACAGAUCAAAGUGUACUAGAUUUGGAAAUGGCUAGCAGAUUAGGUUGGUGUGCCUUCUCAGUAAUACAGAUUUUAGGGACCAUUACAGUGAUGUCACAGGUAGCAUGGGAAGUGUUUGUCAUAUUUAUUCCUGUAACUGCAAUUUGCAUAUGGUACCAACAAUAUUACAUACCCACAGCUAGAGAACUUGCCCGACUAGCAGGAAUACAAAGAGCUCCAAUCCUUCAUCACUUUGCAGAGUCCCUAGCAGGAGCAGCAACAAUUCGUGCUUUUGAACAAGAAGAUCGUUUUAUCAAUGGCAAUCUUUGUCUUAUUGAUGACCACUCAAGGCCAUGGUUUCAUAAUAUGUCAGCAAUGGAAUGGCUUUCUUUCAGAUUGAAUUUGCUAUCUAACUUUGUUUUUGCCUUCUCAUUGGUCUUGCUAGUGACACUCCCUGAAGGAAUUAUUAAUCCAAGUAUUGCGGGGUUGGCAGUCACAUAUGGAAUAAACUUGAAUGUUCAGCAAGCUUCAAUUAUAUGGAACAUGUGCAAUGCGGAAAAUAAAAUGAUUUCAGUUGAAAGAGUACUUCAGUACUCAAAAAUAACUAGUGAAGCACCUCUAUUGAUUGAAGAAUGCAGGCCGCCAAGCAAUUGGCCACAAGUUGGAACAAUUUCCUUUAGAAACCUGCAAAUUCGUUAUGCUGAACACCUCCCAUCUGUCCUAAAGAAUAUUAACUGCACGUUUCCUGGAAAGAAGAAAAUUGGAGUUGUAGGAAGAACAGGAAGUGGAAAGUCAACACUGAUACAAGCUAUUUUCAGGAUUGUUGAACCUAAAGAGGGAAGCAUUAUAAUUGAUGACUUGGAUAUAUGCAAGAUUGGUCUGCAUGACUUAAGAUCUAGGCUGAGCAUCAUCCCACAAGACCCAUCAAUGUUUGAAGGAACAGUUAGAGGAAACCUCGACCCAUUAGGGCAAUAUUCAGAUAGUGAAAUAUGGGAGGCUUUAGAUAAAUGUCAACUAGAUUCUUUAGUGCGUGAAAAGGAAGAGAAAUUGGACUCCACAGUAGUUGAAAAUGGAGAGAACUGGAGCGUAGGCCAAAGACAAUUGUUCUGUCUUGGAAGAGCCUUAUUAAAGAAAAGCACCAUUCUUGUGUUGGACGAAGCAACAGCAUCCGUGGAUUCUGCAACUGAUGGAAUGAUACAAAAGAUCAUUAGUCAAGAAUUCAAAGAUCGAACAGUUGUCACCAUUGCUCACAGAAUCCACACAGUUAUAGACAGUGAUCUUGUUUUGGUCCUAAGUGAUGGAAGAAUUGCAGAAUUUGACACGCCCACCAAAUUGCUCGAGAAAGAGGAUUCGUUCUUUUCCAAACUCAUAAAGGAGUAUACACUGAGAUCCCAGAGUUUCAAUAAUUUGGCAAAUCAUACUUGAAUGAGUAGAUUGCAUGUAAUAACUCCUGCACUUUAGGUUUAGAACGGUGUCAAUAUGGCUCAAACACCCUUUUUUUUUUUUUUUUUUUUUUUUUUUUUCAAAUCGUCACCUCUGCAUUUUCUGAGAAUAUCAAAUAAGUCCUUCUGUAAUAAAAAAUUCUGAAGUGCAGGAGACUGAUUAGAAAAUGGUUUUUUGGGGCCAUAGUGACACCCACCUAAAGUACAGGGGUAUUAUAAGUAAUUAAACCAAAUUAAAUCAUAAUCAGCCAAUGUGUGUAAUAUGAUAGGACCAUGAAUUGUCAGUAUCAUAAUAGCAGAUAAUUGUUGUCCCAGCUAUGGUAGAAGAGAUAGGAUUGAGUCGCUUAAGUUAAACUUUCUAGCUCUAUUUGUUGCUUCUCUAGUAGAGAGUAAUAAACCCAAAAUCCCGAUAUAUAUUCUUUUCAAA